AUGAAUCCAUGGGAGUCGAUCACGCCCAGCGAGGAGCUCGAAUGGCACCCUUGCUAUGGACUCAUCAAAGCCAACUUCAGGUGUGCGCGCCUGACAGUUCCCAUGGACUAUAAUCGCCCCCUUAGUCAAUCGCGCGCUCAUCCUAAAGUCCAUAUCGCCCUUCUCCUUCUCCCUGGUGCGACUCCAAACACGUCCAAAACCGCAUCCAAGUCUCCCUUGCUGCUGAAUCCGGGAGGGCCCGGGGGAUCGGGCGUCAUGAUCUUGCUUGCUAUGGCAGAUGCCAUCCAGAAGAUACUCGGCCCCGAUCAGCCCAUCAUCGGAUUCGACCCGCGCGGCGUCUCGUUCACUACCCCGCGCGCAGACUGCUGGGCCAAGCCGCCCGCCUGCACCGGCUGCCCUGAGGAUGCUGCCUCGGGCCUGAUGCACCGUCUUGAAUGGGACCAAAUGACCUCUGUGUAUGGCCUGUUAAACUCCAGCAAUGUCGCUCUCAAGUUCCUCGAGGCAGGGCAUCGGGCCGUCAACGACCUCUGCCGAAGCAAGGGCGCCCAGUUAGGCGCCGAGAGCAUCCUCGGACAUGCCAGCACGGCACACGUCGCCCGCGACAUGGUCAGCAUUGUGGACGCGUGGGAUCGAUGGAUUGAGAGCCGUGGCCUGCCGCCGAGCUCUCUCAAAGGGAAGCUCGUCUAUUGGGGCUUUUCGUAUGGGACGUACCUGGGUGCUACCUUUGCCAAGAUGUUCCCGGACCGCGUGGGCAGAAUGAUCCUAGACGGCGUCGUGGAUGCUGACUACUACGUCAGCCCGGUCUGGGAGGAGAGUCUACUCGACACGGACAAGGUCCUCGACCGGUUCUUCCUGUACUGCGCCCGCGCUGGCAGGAGGUGCAGCCUGUACCGCGAGGGAGACAAGGCCGAGGAUGUCGGCCGUCGAUACAGCGAGAUCAUGGAGAGGCUGCAGACCAGCCCGGUUACAUUCACACACCCGGAGCACUUCUACCCGGUCAUCCUUCGGGCGAGCUAUGUCAAGACUAUUGUGUUUAGUGUGCUUUAUUCGCCCAUUCAGGGAUUCCCGAUCCUAGCCAUGCUCCUGAAUUGGGUACAUGAGGGCAAAUUCGACGAGCUUGCCGGGCUCUUCCAGGACGCGACCCUUAUGUGUUCUAUUAUCGGAAACCCGGCCAUUACGGGGAUGUUGUCUGAUGCCCAGAGAGCGAUUAUGUGCAGUGACAAGACGCAGCUGGUUAACCUCACUAUCCCAGAAAUCACCACUGCCUACGAGCAAAUGGCUUCAACUUCGCAGUUUGCGGAUAUCUGGAUGAACCUCAUGUUGAAGUGCAACGGCUGGGACAUAUCCACACCGCAUCCCAUCUCCUCCGCCUCCUCAACACCAUCCGCCUACCCCUGGUCCCCUCAGGCUUCAACCCCGGCCGCCAAUAAUAACAACCAAUCCCAAAUCGAAACCUCCUUCCCCCUCCUCUUCCUCUCCAACACCUACGACCCAGUCACCCCUCUCCACGCGGCAGUCAAGAUGGCGCAGCGGUUCAAGAACGCCGGCCUCGUCGAGCAGCUCGCGCAGGGGCAUUGCACCCUGUCGGCCGUGUCCGGGUGCACGGCACGGAUCGUCCGGGAGUAUGUCCUGCAGGGCAAGGUGCCGCCGCCACCUGUGGUAUUUUCGCCGGGGGAGAACUUGAAGCUGGAUGGGGAGGGGGAGUGGACGAGGUGUAGGGCUAAUGAAGGGCCUUGGGGGGUUCAUGAUCAGGAUGCGGAUUGGGUUCAACUUGCAAAGACAGGGGGCGUGGCCGUGGAGCAGGUUGAGGAUGAGGGGGUGGUUGAGGCGUGGAGGCGGGUGCAUGAGGCUGUUGCCUCGGUGCGGAAGUGGGGGGUUAUGGAGAGGGAGUGGGAAGGGUUCAGGUUUGGAAAUGUUUGGUGA